AUGGGUGAGGACAGGGGUUAUGGUCCCCAGGCACUGUCACUGAAUGAGACCUUACUGCUCUCUACUGCUACCCGAAGGGAGGUUGGAACGAGGCUGUGCGAGAGCAGCGACGAGGAGGAGCCGCCCGCACCGCGGGAGGGCCGGGCCGAGCCGGGGCGGGCCGGGGAGGAGGAGGACGGGGAAGAGGCCUCAGACCCCUCCGAGGGGAGUGAUGUGGAAGGAGAGUGGGAGAGCGAGAGCUCGACCCCCGAGGACGGCAGGGAGCCCGAGGGCAGCGAGCCCGCGGCCGAGGAGCGGCGGGAAGAAGAGGUAGGAUGUUCACCUCGGAUUAACGCCAACCUUGUCAAGAGUCCUCCUCACAGUGCUACAAAGUAUAUUCCCCCUCAAGUAAGGAAAGCUCAGGAGACACUAGAUGACAAGAAAAGAGAAGAAUUGGGAAGACUGAAGAAAAUGGUGAAUGGUCUCAUUAAUAGGCUGAGUGAACCGAAUUUGCCCUCCAUUAGUGGACAGAUGGAAGAGCUCUACAUGUCCAACAGCAGAAAGGACAUGAAUGAAACCCUGACAGAGACUCUCCUGAAUGCCUGUGUCACUGCAGUGGCCAUGCCUGCAAGACUGGUGAUGGAGCAUGUCCUUCUGGUCAGCAUUCUUCAUCAUAACGUAGGAAUUGAGGUUGGUGCUCACUUUUUGGAAGCUGUGGUGAAGAAAUUUGAUGAAUUCUGUAGAAGUGAUGAUGAAGGGAAAGAAUGUGAAAAUCUGCUUGCCUUGAUUGCUCACCUGUAUAACUUCCACGUGGUUCAUUCCCUGCUGAUCUUUGAUAUUCUGAGAAAGCUUGUUGGCAUUUUCACUGAAAAGGAGAUCGAGCUGAUUUUGUUUCUUCUGAAAAAUGUGGGGUUUUCCUUAAGAAAAGAUGAUGCAUUGGCCUUGAAGGAACUGAUCACUGAAGCCCAGAGGAAGGCAAACUCAGCAGAGAAGAAAUUCCAGGAUCAGACUAGGGUUCGUUUUAUGCUGGAGACUAUGUUGGCACUAAGGAAUAAUGACAUGCGUAAGAUUCCUGGUUAUGAUCCUGAGCCAGUUGAAAAACUCCGCAAAUUGCAAAGAACACUGGUUCGCAGCAGUGGUUCUGGGAAAGACACUGAGCUCCGUGUCUCUCUGGAAUCUCUUCUCAGUGCCGAUCGGGUUGGUCGCUGGUGGAUUGUAGGGUCAUCCUGGAGUGGAGCACCAAUGAUCAAUGAUACACAGAAGAAGACUCAGGAAAAAGUGCAUGUGGGAAAGGUGAGUUCAAAGAUAUUGGAGCUUGCUCGGAAGCAGAGAAUGAAUACUGAUAUCAGGAGAAGUAUUUUUUGUGUCUUGAUGACAAGUGAAGACUUCCUGGAUGCCUUUGAAAAACUUCUCAAGCUUGGACUGAAAGAUCAGCAGGAGAGAGAAAUUAUUCAUGUUGUCCUUCACUGCUGCUUACAGGAGAAGACCUAUAAUCCCUUCUAUGCAUUUUUGGCCAACAAGUUUUGUGAAUGUGAAAGACGAUUUCAGGUGACAUUUCAGUUUAGUAUUUGGGACAAAAUCAGAGACUUAGAAAACCUGUCAGCUGCUGCCGUCUCCAACUUGGUUUCACUGUUGGCUCACUUAAUAAGGACAAAAUCAUUGCCACUUUCAGUUCUCAAGGUAAUUGAAUUCAGCGAACUAGAUAAACCCAAAGUCCGUUUCUUGCGACAAGUAUUGAGCACACUGUUAAUCAAAACAGAUGCUGAAGAACUUACUGACAUUUUUGUGAGGCUAUCAGACAACCCCAAACUGGGAUUGCUACGGGAAGGCUUGAAACUCUUCCUUAACCACUUCUUGCUGAAAAAUGCACAAGCCCAAAAAAGUGCUGAAGAAGUUAGCUUAUUAAAAGAAAGAGUUGAACUAGCAACCAAGGCUUUGCAAGCAAAAGAAUCCAAAUUGAAGCUAUAG